CACACAAAUUAUUAUUUUAAAGUUUAUAGCUUUUUUGAUCUUGGAAUUCUCCACCACUCAAUUCUCAAUUCUCAUCGUCUUAGAAAUGAUCCGUUCUCGAUUUCAAUUCCCCAUCGGAAUGUCCAGAGAUGCCGCCGUUAACCUCCAUCUCCACCACCACAAUUUCCGAUUCCCCGCUUGUCUUACUACUGUCCGCCGCCACCCCACUGUCUCUCUGCUGCAGUUCUCUCCGAUAACCCCCAAAUUACUUCUCAGACACCGCUUCAACUCCAACACUAACUUCAUUCCUAUGGCCUCCGCCGCCGACAACCCGACAGACAACACUCACGUUGAAAAUUCUGGCAGCGACGAUCUCCGGCCUACGAUGCCGGAACAAAGAACGCUUGCCUGGCCGGAGAUGGCCCUGCUCUGGAUCGGCCUCGUCGUCGGUGUUCCAGCGUAUUACCUCGCCGGAAGCUUAGUCGAUCUGGGAAUGGCGUGGUGGCAGGGGAUAGCCACCGUAGUCGCCGCCAACGCUGUAACUCUAAUAGCCCUAAUUCUCACCGGUCAUCCUGGUACGAAAUACGGCAUCUCCUUCCCUGUUUUUGCCCGAUCGUCGUUCGGAAUCCACGGCGCUCACAUCCCCACGCUUCUCCGAGCUCUAAUCGGCUGCGGUUGGUACGGAAUCGAAACGUGGAUCGCCGGCGAAGCUAUAUUCCUUCUACUGCCGGAAAGUAUUAAAAAUUCUUCAUUUUCACAGGUUCUUCCAUGGCUGGGAACUUCACCUCUGGCUUUUACUUGCUUUUUAGCCUUCUGGGUCGUUCAAUUAGCAAGUGUUUGGAAAGGAAUGGAUGGAAUUCGAAAGCUUGAAACAAUUUCAGCUCCGAUUCUUGUUUUUCUCACAAUGGGUCUCUUGAUUUGGUCCUGUGUUCGAGCCGGUGGAUUUGGGCAUAUGCUUUCUUUGAACUCCAAAUUAUCUUCCUCUGAAUUUUGGGCUCUGUUUUUUCCUUCCCUUACUGCUAAUAUAAGUUUCUGGGCCACUUUGGCUUUGAAUAUCCCUGAUUUUACUCGCUAUGCCAAGUCUCAAAAGGAUCAAAUCAUUGGCCAAUUGGGGCUUCCGGUGUUCAUGGGGGCGUUUACUUUCGUCGGCGUUGCUGUCACUUCCUCCACCGGAGUGAUUUUCGGACAUAUAAUUUCGAACCCAAUUGAUCUUCUUGGCCAUAUUGGGGGUUUUGCCACUAAGGUUUUGGCCAUUUUUGGGAUUAUUUUGGCCACUGUCACCACCAAUGUCGCCGCCAAUGUAGUGGCGCCGGCGAAUGCAUUGGUCAAUCUCAACCCUUCUUAUUUCACUUUUACAAGAGGGGCGCUUCUCACCGCCGUGAUUGGCAUUGUGUUUCAGCCGUGGAGGCUUCUGAGCUCGAGUGAGAGCUUUGUUUACACUUGGCUUGUUGGGUAUUCGGCGCUGUUGGGGCCGAUUGGCGGCGUCAUGGUGGCGGAUUACUAUUUCAUUCGGAGGAGGGAACUGAUUGUUGAGGAUUUGUAUUCUUCGAGUCCGACAGGGGCUUAUUACUUCUCCGGUGGGUUUAAUUUGACGGCUGUGGCGGCGCUGGUGGUCGGAGUUCUGCCGGUGAUUCCUGGAUUCUUGGAGAAGGUAAAGCUUGUGUCUAAAGUUCCUCAAUUGUUUACAGUGAUUUACGGGAAUGCUUGGUUUAUUAGCACCUUUAUAGCCGGAUUUUGCUACUUGGGUCUCUCUGUUUUGUUGAAGCGGCGAAAAGUUUCUAGCUGGCUUGGGCCACAGCUUUGAAUUUAUUUUUCAUUUUUUU